AUUAGAUUAAAAAAAAAAGAAUAAAGGAAUUUAAAUUUAGAAUAUUUAUAGUUAAAUAGAGAAGUGCUUUUUAAAACCCCAGCCGCCCAUAACAGCCACCCAAAUUGCUCUCUCUCUAAAAGGGAAAUAUCUAUGAAAAAUAGAGACACACAACAACAAAGGAGCAGAGAAUCCCAUAAAAACAACAUCAAGAACAACAACUGGAACAGUAGCAUCAUCGACCUCAACAAAAACAACACCAACAUCAAACAAACCCUCACUCUCUUCUCUACUAUUUCAUCUCAAUCACUCCUUUUCUCUCAGAACUUCUUUUCAUAGCCAUAGAUCAUAGAUAGGGACCAACCCUAAACUGUUCAAACACUACUCACUCACGCUGCUUACUGAUAACACACUUACACGCGCACACUACCAUCAUCAUCAUCAUCAUCAUCAUCAUCACCAUCGCCAUGUCCCUCGAAGACUCCCUAAGAUCUCUCUCUCUCGACUACCUCAACCUUCUCAUCAAUGGCCAAGCCUUCAGCGACGUCACUUUCCAAGUCGAGGGUCGUCUCGUCCACGCCCACCGCUGCAUCUUGGCCGCGCGCAGCCUCUUCUUCCGCAAAUUCUUCUGCGGCCCCGACCCUCCACCCGGCCUCGACCCCGCCGCCGCUUCGCGAGCCGGCGCCGCCUCCGCUGCGCGUCCCCCCGGCGUGAUCCCGGUGAACUCCGUCGGGUACGAGGUUUUCCUGUUGCUGCUGCAGUUCCUGUACAGUGGACAAGUCUCCAUCGUGCCGCAGAAGCACGAGGCCAGACCCAAUUGCGGCGAGCGAGGGUGCUGGCACACGCAUUGCACCUCCGCCGUUGAUCUCGCCCUCGACACCCUCGCCGCCGCCAGAUACUUCGGCGUUGAACAACUUGCAUUGCUCACUCAGAAACAACUUGCGAGCAUGGUGGAGAAAGCUUCAAUCGACGAUGUGAUGAAAGUGUUGAUAGCAUCUCGAAAGCAGGAAAUGCAGCAGCUUUGGAGCACGUGCUCCCACCUGGUGGCAAAGUCAGGACUUCCGCCGGAGGUGCUGGCCAAGCACCUACCCAUCGACGUGGUGGCCAAGAUCGAGGAGCUCCGCCUCAAAUCCUCCCUCGCGCGCCGCUCCAUGCUGCCGCUCCGCCACCCGCACCAAGACCUCGGCGCCGCGGACAUGGAGGAUCAGAAAAUCCGGCGGAUGCGGCGCGCGCUCGACUCCUCCGACGUGGAACUCGUGAAGCUCAUGGUGAUGGGGGAGGGCCUGAACCUGGACGAGGCGCUGGCGUUGCACUACGCCGUGGAGAGUUGCAGCAGGGAGGUGGUGAAGGCGCUGCUGGAGCUGGGCGCAGCGGACGUGAAUUUCCCGGCCGGACCGGCCGGGAAGACUCCUCUUCACGUGGCGGCGGAGAUGGUAUCCCCAGAGAUGGUGGCGGUGUUGCUGGACCACCACGCUGACCCGAACGUGAGAACCGUGGAUGGCGUGACCCCGUUGGACAUCCUGAGAACCCUAACCUCGGACUUCCUCUUCAAAGGGGCGGUCCCCGGACUCACCCACAUUGAACCCAACAAGCUGAGGCUCUGCUUGGAGCUGGUGCAAUCUGCAGCUCUCGUUUUGUCUCGUGAAGAAGGGAACAACCACAACAACAACGCUAACAACAGCAGCAACGACAACACUAACAACCCCAACACUUCUGCUUCUGCAACUGCUAUCUAUCCACCAAUGAGUGAAGCGCACAGCAGCAGCAAUUUGGACUCGAGACUGGUGUAUCUCAACCUCGGCGCCACGCCACAAAUAGGUGACGAUGAUAGCAGCAGCCAGAGGGAAGCCAUGAACCGUCAUGGCUCGCAAGGUGGCGGAUGUGACCCAUCAAUGCUUUUCAAAUGGUAGCAAUGUGAAGUGCGGUUUCAUGGGAGAUGAGGAUAAGCGACAAGGAGAAUCUAAUCACUGUAAUUUUAUUUUAUUUUGCUGUAAAACCAAAGGGUGCAUGGAGGAGACGCAGGUCAAUCUUUUCAAUCCCACUUCACCUGUCAACUCUUUGUUUUUUGUUUUUUAUAUAUACACUCACUCACUGAUGAUGAUGAUGCUUAGCUAAUAUCACGGCCAAUUCUUGUGUUCUUUUAAUUUGGCUUUUCUUAUUCCUAUUCUUGUCCCACCUCACCCCACUUUCUCCUAACCCAAUUUAUCUUCCUUUAUUUUCUGCUUCAACCUCUCAUCACAAAUAGGAUUGUUUCCUUUUUCUUUAUUUUCCAAUUUUAAGGUUUAUCUGCUUAUGGUAUAGGUCAACUUUAUAUCAGAAUUAAGAGAUUAAUCAUAUGGGCAGUGGCAUAUUUUCUUCUGAUAUUUAGGCUUAUGGAAGAAUUCAUUUGUUAGUAUAAUUAGUAUUGGGAUUUCUUGUUUUUCUUUUGAGCAAAAGGUGUGGCUGUGGACAAAUGGAUUGGUUGUCUUGCAUGAAUGCUACAAUGAGUAAUGAGUGUGACCACACAUGUCAAGUUAAAAUAUUGGCACUAUCUCCUUCCAUGUAAUCCUCUUUUUGUCCCCUUGCCUUUUGUAGGCUCUUGGUUACAGCUAAAAGCAAUUACAUUAAUAGUAAUAUCUUUUAUCAUUGCUAAUUUUUGUCUAAGUUCAUAAUUAAUAGUGGAUCAGGGAACAUUCUUGACUUUACUCCUUAAUUAAUUUCCUGCAUGUACAUAGAUAAG